AUGGUGGGGAGCACGAUUUUUUCAUGUUUAGAAGUAGAUGACCUGAAGGUCGGGCAGGCUUUCGUUUUCCUCUCGGCUGGUUUCGAGGUAACAGCGGCGACGUUGAAUCUAGCAUUUUACGAAUUGUCCAAGAAUCCCGGGAUGCAGGAACGAGUCAGGGAGGAGAUAAAUGAAAAAGUACGCGAACAAGGCAUUCUCAGCUUCGACGCCUUCAAGGACAUGACCUACCUGCACAUGUGCUUGAAAGAGACGAUGAGGAAGUACCCGCCGGCCCAGAUCCUCUUCAGAAAUUGCACGAUAGAGUUCACAUUUCGCAACGGCCUCGUCGUCAAACAGGGCGAGAAAUUGAUUAUUCCCGUUUUUCAAUUCAUCGCAGCCACGAGUACUACCCUGAACGCUUCAGAUUCGUUCCAGAAACCCUGCACAUUCAUGCCAUUCGGCGAAGGGCCGAGAACGUGCAUAGCAAUGAGGUUCGCCUUGCAGCAGAUGAAGUUCUGCAUAGCCAAGAUACUCAUGUUCUACAGGAUCAAACUGAACGCCAAAUCGAAAACCCCCAUUGAACUGAGUAAAAAGACAUUCAUAACAUCAACAAAAGACCCUCUUUACUUCGAUCUGGAAAAAGUCACCUCUUAAAAAUAAUAAUUUAAAAAUUAUACACCUACAAACUGUUGUGUAUAUUUUAUUGUUUAUAAUGUGUGCAUAAGGUAUCCACCGAAAAGAUGCAGGUUAUCCAACUGUAAAGAGGGAGGUCCUAAUAGGUUAUCCAACGUUUAAAAAAUUAGGUUGUUAACAGGUUAUCCACAUCAAAGACAAAGGUUGUAAAAAUGGUCAUCCAAAUGAAGAAAUAUUCACUUGUUUUUAUCAUCCAGCUCACUAUAAGGAAGUAGGCUACUCAUUGGUUAUCCGCCUCGUUAAAAGGUAUUGGAUACAUGUCAAAGGGUAUUUAUAAACCUGAAUAGAAGGUUAUUUAUUUGUUAUCCAUUUUGAAGGUAGGCUAUGGAUUGACUAUCUGAUAAAAAGUAGUUUUAUAUUCCAUGAAUAAUAGGAUAUUUCUUGACCAUUUAUUAGCAAGGUGCAUUAUGUAUUGGUUAUUCUUUGCGGAAAAAUUUAGGUUAUGUUAUGGUUUUGUGGCAACUCUAGUUUAUUAUUCUCUGAAUAGUAGGUUGUAGGUUAUAUUAUAAUAGGUUGUUAAUUUGUUAUCCAUCUAACGGUAGGUUCUCAAUAGAAGAAAUUCAUUUUUUUUUUCAUAGGUUAACUAUUAUAACAAGGAAUAACCUACUUAUCCAACCUUGUUAUCAAGAAGACUCAAAAACUAACUCCUCUUUAAAAGAUUAAUCCUUACUCUUCAGAAUGAAAAAGUAUUACCAUCACAUCAGUUUUGGGUUCCGCUCACUUCACUCCACUGUGCAGCAGGUGCACCUUGUUAUGGCAGAAACUAUUGCCGUUUCUACUGAGCGAAAACAGUAUUGUUCGGGUGUCUUCCUAGACGAGGCUUUCGACCGGGUAUGGCACCCGCUUGCUGUGUAAACUCAAGAAAUUUCUUCCCUAUCCCUUUUAUCUCAUCUUCCGAUCCUACCUGACUGAUAUUGCCGUGUCUGUCAGAGAACAUCCCUUUCCUUUUAUAUUCCAGAAAAAUGUGGGGUCCCUCAAGGAAGAAUCCUUGGUCUGAUUCUCUUUAAAAUGUACACUGCUGCCACAUUCCUGAACAGUCAUCUCCACAUUUGACGACACGGCUAUCCUCUCCUUCACUCCCACCCAUCCGUUGUAAGCUCCUUUCUGCAAAGUCACCUUACCCUAUUAGAAGACUGAUACCGGAUAUGGAGAGUCAAAGUGAAAGAAAGUAAAAGUUUUCAAGUCACUUUCGCACUAAGGAAAUCACUUUGUCCUCCAUUAUGACCGAAUGACAUACUGAUACCGACUGCUCACAUAGUACGAUACCUGGGACUGUACAUGGAUAAAAGACUGCUGUCGAAUCCAUUCAUUCUCCUGAAACGACAAGACAUGAACCUUCGUUAAAAACACUAACUGAGACUACUUGACCAACGAUCUCACCUAACCCUUAACCUUAAAGCUGACCAUUUACACAACUCUCAUUCGUCCGAUAUGGACGUACGGAAUGGAAGUUUGUGGCUCAACCAAACAUUCCAAUUCAUUCAGUUGUCCUUGAACACCUGGUUCGUUGUUCGAUCAGAAGAUAAUGCCGCAGAUCUUGCAUCUCGAGAUUCCAAUCUAUCGGGCAUUUCGACGCGAAAUAUCUGGUUUCAAGAUCUCUCUUGGGUUGCUCGUCCUUUUCAUAAAUGGCCAGUUAAUUAAUCUCUUUCUACGGAAUUGCAAGAGAUCAAACCUAUAACUGCUUGAGUACCUUAUGAAGACAAAUCACAAGAAUCUUUCUCUAGGAUUCUUCUUCUUCUUCUUGGCAAAUAUCUGCAUAUUGUUUCUGACACUCCGAGUCUAUAUGCCUACGGAGUCCGCAGUGUCCAGUUAGCUGUCCAUCUAUUAUUCUAAUCCUAGCACGUCCUAGAUUUAGUAGUUCUACCGUUAGUUUCUGCUACAGUCCCAUUGAGCGGAGGUCUUAUUAUUAAUCCAUUGUAGAAUGGAUCCGCGUUUUUGGCAGUUUGGUAAGCCACAAACAGUUUCAAGGCUAAUAGGAGUCCUCAUUGAAUUUUCCUUGGCCAAUUUAUCGGCCCCCUGUGUGCCCUGGCACCCAAGAUUUAUGUAACAAUAUUAAUUUUGUACUGUUUAUAAUUUAUCUAAACAUAUGUUGAACAAUUAUAAAAAUUAAGAUGAGUGACGUUAAAAUUAGGUUGGCCCUGCAGACAAACGAUAUCAAGUAGGCCUGUUUGUCGCUUGGAGUCAAUGGCAGUGAUUGUCGAACCUUUGAACUGUACGCACCUAUUUUUCGUAACCGACUUUUUCCCUAACCUAUUAAUUAAGUGAACACCUACCGGCAAAAAUUUAUAACCUCAGUGAAGGCAUCACGUCACCAGAUCCCCGACCAUCUGAAGAAUAUAUGAUCAAGAUUAAAAAUCACCUCUCACUUGAUAUAGACUCCAGAGUUAAUCCUAUACGCUUGAUUUGACCGACGAAUUCUGCUACCUCGAUCUGAACAACAUUACCUCCAUCAAAAACACCAGCUGAUUGCACAUUAAAAUGUUUUAGUUUGAAUAAUAUUUAGUUUGGUUUACUUUGUUAAGUUUUAGUAUUUCCCUGACCAGUUAUGGUUAAGAAUUUGUUUGUAUAUGUUAAAUGCUAACAGAAGUAAUAGCAUUGAUUUAUAUUGAAGUAAAGAGAUCAGGGAUGAAGCCAUGUAGGUGGGUUGGAGAGUUGGAAGAGAUGACAAAAAUACCCUUUUAUAUACUCAUUGACAUGUUGGAAGAGGUUGCAAUUGAAGAUUUUUUCCAUUUCCAAGAUGAAUUCUACAACCAAGAAGAUGGAUUGGCAAUGGGUAGAAGAUUGCCCCCAAUUCUGGCGGAUAAUUUUUCUUCAUUUGGCUCCAUGUGGGGUGAUUCCCCUAUUACGUCCACCCUUGGAUCCGCCACUGGUCAUGGUUGAUCAUCCCAAAAGCAUUGGAGAAGUCAAGCAGCACAGAGUGCAUACGUGAAUAUCCCACGUCGUAUAUCUUCAUUAAUUUUUUGUAACUAUGUUGAUGUCGAAAAAAGAUUGAAAAGGUGAAAGCGGUGAACAGUAUCAAGCAAGUUAUUAAUUUGUAAUGAUUUCUGGAGCUUUAGAUCAAUCAUUUCGUCACUCCCGAAGAUUUGGUUUGUUUUGGCCUCUCGUUGUUAACCGAACAAUACCUAAUACUGGUUACUGGGCCACUUCCCAAAGAACUGGAAGGUUGCCAAGCUCAUAUUCAAUAAAAAACCAGGCAAACCGCAUGAUUCGCCUACUAGCUACAGGUCCAUAAGCUUACUAAGUUCGGCCAGUAAAAUUUUUGAACGUCUCAUACUCAUCAGAUUGGAGAGGCACAUCAAAGACGCGCGCAUCAUGAAAGAAGAGCAGAUCGGUUUUCGCCCGGGGCUCUCGACUACUGCACAGCUUGCUAGAGUCGGUUUUCGCCCGGGGCUCUCGACUACUGCACAGCUUGCUAGAGUGGUCGACUUUAUUACCGGGGAGUUCAAUAAAAAAACAUACCGGCAUGGUUCUUCUUGACAUGGAAAAGGCUUUCGACACCGUCUGGCAAGACGGCAUAGUGUACUGGCUGAUAAGAUAGAAAUUUCCAGGAUACCUCGUCAAGCUAGUGCACUCAUACAUAAGCAAUCGGUUAUUCCGAGUCACGCUCAACGAAGAGAUUUCUCCCCCUUUUAGCAUAGCAGCAGGCGUGCCACAGGGAUCAAUCUUGGGACCAUGUCUUUUUACAAUCUUCCUAAAUGCGAUGCCCACAAUUAAAUCGUGUCAAGCAGCACUUUACGCAGAUGACAUAGCGCUUCUAUCAUCUUCCUGGAGACCAAGCGCCAUCACAAACAAGACCAAGCGCCAUCACAAACAGGCUGAACAGCGAAAUAAAAAAAAUAAAUCGCUUCUGUCUAAGGUGGAAACUAUUGAUUAACGUUCCUAAAUGUGAAGCGAUCCUAUUCACAAAGAGCCGACCCACAAAAACCACAAAAAGUGCAACAGUCAACAUUAAUGGAACUGUCAUCCCAUGGUCAGAAAAGGUAACCUACCUGGGCUUAAUAUUGGAUAGAAGACUUCACUUUGGGCCUCACAUAAUGAAUAUAAUCGCAAAAGCCAAAUUAGCCAUCAGAAUUCUAUUCCCACUAUUGGCUAAGGAAUCAGGAUUGUCAAUGCACAACAAGCGACUUAUUUACAAGGCGGUUUGUCAAACCCAUGCUGCUCUACGCCUCUCCACUAUGGAGUUUUACAUGCAAGUCGAAUCUGCUAAAAAUACAAAGGAUGCAGAACAAAUUCCUAAGACUAGUCAUCUCGCAGACGGACCAGGCUAGAUCAACUCCACAGUGAAACUGACAUAUCUUGGAUUUACGACGCGGUUAAGGCACAAACCUUAAAUCUUCACUGUAAACUCGCCUCAAACAAGAACGUCCUCUGCAGAUUGAUUGGAAAUUACGACGCCCGGAUUCCUUGGAAGCACAAACGAUUGAAAACGAUCCUACACUAAAUAAUUUGUACACACACGUGUCCACACUCGUUACACUUAUCUAACUAUUUAUUUAUUUAUUCCUAUAGAAUAGACGCAUGCACAUUGGAACACACACAUGUCCACACGUUACAUUUACCUAUCUAUUUAUUUAUUUAUUCUUAGAGUGUGGAUACAUGUGAGUUCAUGUGCAUAUGU